GCGUCGCGCUCGAUGACGUAUCCGCGCCGGCGGCGGCGGCGGCGGGGCCGGGAUGCACCGGCGGGGGGUGGGGGCGGGGGCGAUCGCCAGGAGGAAACUGACCGAGGCCAAGUACAAGGAGCGGGGCACGGUCCUGGCUGAGGAUCAGCUGGCCCAGAUGUCCAAGCAGCUGGAGACGUUCCGGACCCACCUGCAGGCCUUUGCCAGCAAGCACAAGCAGGAGAUCCGGCAGCCCGAGUUCCGCCUGCAGUUCCAGCACAUGUGCGCCGCCAUCGGCGUCGACCCGCUGGCCUGUGGGAAGGGUUUCUGGGCCGAGGUGCUCGGGGUCGGAGACUUCUACUACGAGCUGGGCGUGCAGAUCAUCGAGGUGUGCCUGGCACUGCGGCACCGCAACGGAGGGCUGAUCACGCUGGAGGAGCUGCAGCAGCAGGUGCUCAAGGGCCGCGGGAAGUUCGCGCAGGACGUCAGCGCGGACGACCUGCUGCGGGCCAUCAGGAAGCUGAAGGUGCUGGGCAGCGGCUUCGGGACCAUCCCGGUGGGGGGGACGGUGCUGGUGCGCUCGGUGCCGGCCGAGCUGAGCAUGGACCACAGCGUGGUGCUGCAGCUGGCCGAGAAAAAAGGAUUUGUGACGGUCAGCGAGAUCCGGGAGAGCCUCGGCUGGGAGACGGAGAGAGCCAAGCAGGUGCUGGAGCACCUGCUGAAGGAGGGCAUGGCCUGGCUGGACGCGCAGGCUCCGGCCGAGCCGCAGUUCUGGCUGCCCGCGCUCUUCUCGGAGCUGCACGGCCAGGAGGGCACGGCCGGGCCCUGAGUGCCCCGGGAGCCCGGGAACGCCCCCUGGAACCCCGGGAACGCCCCCUGGAACCCCGGGAAUACCCCCUGGAACCCCGGGAACACCCCCUGGAACCCCGGGAACACCACCUGGAACCCCGGGAACACCCCCUGGAACCCCGGGAACAACCCCUGGAACCCCGGGAACAACCCCUGGAGUCCUUGGGAACACCCCCUGGAUCCUCAGGAACACCCCUUGGAUCCUCGGGAAUAACCCUGGAUCCCUGGAAAUAACCCCUGGAGUCCUUGGGAAUAACCCCUGGAACUCCAGGAAUACCCCUGGAACCCCGGGAAUACCUCCUGGAUCCUCGGGAAUACCUCCUGGAUCCUUGGGAACACCCCCUGGAUCCUUGGGAACACCCCCUGGAUCCUUGGGAAUACCCCCUGGAACCCCAGGAAUCCCCCCUGGAACCCCGGGAAUACCCCCUGGAUCCUUGGGAAUAACCCUGGAUCCCCAGAAAUACCCCCUGGAUCCUUGGGAACAACCCCUGGAUCCUCAGGAAUACCCCCUGGAAUCCCAGGAAUAACCCCUGGAGUUCUUGGGAAUCCCUCAGAAUCCCCCCUGGAGUCCUUGGGAAUCCCUCGGAAUCCCCCCUGGAACCCCGGGAAUCCCUCCUGGAGUCCUGGGAAUCCCAGCUGGAAUUCCCCCCAGGAUCCUCAGGAAUCCGUCCUGGAGCCCUCGGGAAUCCUGGCUGGAAUCCCCCCUGGAGUCCUCUGGAAUUCCCCCCAGGAAUCCCUCCAGGAAUCCCUCCUGGGAUCCUUGGGAAUCUCCUUCCUGCAGUCCUCAGGAAUCCUGGCUGGAAUCCCCCCUGGAGUCCUUGGGAAUCCUUCCAGGAAUUCCUCCUGGAAUCCCCCCCUGGAAUCCUCAGGAAUCCUGGCUGGAAUCCCUCCUGGGAUCCUUGGGAAUCUCCUUCCUGCAGCCCUCAGGAAUCCUGGCUGGAAUCCCCCCCUGGAAUCCUCAGGAAUCCCUCCUGAGAUCCCCCCUGGAAUCCCUCUGGGAAUCCUCAGGAAUCCUGGCUGGAAUCAUCGGGAAUCCCUCCUGGGAUCCCCCCUGGCAUCCCUCUGGGAAUCCGCAGGAAUCCUGGCUGGAAUCCCUCCUGGAAUUCCCACCAGGAUCUUCAGGAAUCCCUCCUGGGAUCCCUCUGGGAAUCCUCAGGAAUCCUGGCUGGAAUCAUCAGGAAUUCCUCCUGGGAUCUCUCCUGGGAUCCCUCUGGGAAUCCGCAGGAAUCCUGGCUGGAAUCAUCAGGAAUUCCCCCCGGGAUCCCUCCCAGGAUCCUUGGGAUCCCUCCCGCAAUCCCAGGGACAGCAGGGCUGGCAAUAAACGUUUUGUAAGGAA